ACAGACCUAACUACUACUCGAGGAUAGAUCGUAAAUUCAAAUGACUUCAGUCGCAACAACAACAACAACAAUAAUCAGAGAAUGGCCUAACUCUGUAGUGUGGCGGGGGAAGCUUGUACGGUACUGUAAAGAUUAGAGAUACGUCGGUUGUAUGAUCGUACGUUGUAUGAGAAAUGCCGAAAGUUAUAUCAAGAGCCAUAGUCUGUUCAGAUACUCAGGAUAAAGAGGAAUACAAAGAUGAAGAUAUUCCUCUUUUUGUUUAUUUUUGUAUUUGUGGACAAUUGGCUCUGAUUAUUGACUGCGAAUUAAGUAAGUUACCUUUAAGACCAAGAGACCACUCUAGAGUCAUUGAUCAAGGACAUCAUUCGUUUAAGCUCACCUGUGAAGAUGGAGAUGAGGUCUUCUUAAAAAGAGAAAAGGGUUUGGAGCGCCAGUUUCGUAAGAAGUGUAAAAGUUGUGGCCUAUGGUUAUUUUAUCAACAUGAGAAACGCAAUACAAAGAUAACCUUUGUUGUUGAUGGGGCUUUGGUGAAAGGCAAGGAAGACGGUGAAAGCGAUGGAAGACAAAUAUUUGCUCCAAAGAAGCAAAAGAUUAUGAUGAAAAAGCAUACCAAGGAAUUUGGUAAAUUUGGCUCUGUUACAGUGUCAACCAUUGACGAGGAAGAAGAAGAAAUAGAACAGCAAGAGGUUGCUUCGUCUUACGCAUUCAACGCCCGUGUGAUCGAGAAGCAACUUCAAAAGAAGAGGACUGCACAGCAGAAGGCAGCACAACUUGUCAAAGAGGAAGAGAUGCAGGCAAAAAGGCAACGAGGAACUCUUAUUGAUAAGUAAAGAUCUUUUCGUCGUAAAAAGCUUUCAACGUUUUGAAAUUUCAACAAAAAGCCUCACUCUUCUUGGUACUUUAGAGCACCAUAUUGUGUUCCGAAAUAUGUGGCUGGUUUUGUUCAUUUCUCAUACAAUGGUACACAAUGGUUUUUCAACGGUGCACUUUACAGCAAAGUAAUUUUGAACUCUCGUGGAAGUUAGUGAUUUUAAAAAGCAGUGCACUUGAGGUUAGGUCACAGUUCAUAGUUGACUGCCUUAUCCGACUAUUGCUAUGAUUUGAUAUGGGAAACAUUCUCCGUCUGCUAGUAUAGAUUAAAUAUUUGUUUAAGAAGAUAUUCUCCAAAAACUGCGAUUGUCUUAUAGUGUUUAUAAGUUUUUCUUAUUAUCUCUCCUUUCAGAUACAAUUCUUGCAUU